AUGUCUUCGAAAUUGGCCAAGGUCAAUGAAUGCCACCCAUGUGUCAAUCUCAGCCAGCUUCUCAAGCCGUGUACUAGUCUCAAGGAUCAUGUGGAGGCAGCCAUUCCUAGCAUCGGAGCAAUUGUGAAGGGCUCGCUGACUGCGGCUAUUCUUGCAGACGAAAUGUGCCUUAGCAGGACGGCCAUCAUAACGACCACCGGAGCCACAGCAAGUGGCAAGAAGCAGAAGUUGGGCAAUCUCAGGCCCGAGCAACUCCUCGAGGAGUCUAGUAUUCAAACGACCCUUCAAGCCGUCCGGGCCAUUCUCGACAGAACUCCAGGCGCGAAGAUUCUGGUUAUUUCAGAGGUGCUCGAGGCCCUGUAUUGCCGGGUUGUGGCUUUCAUGUUAGGUAUCGGAAAUGUUCAAACACGACAGACCAUGUUCCAGUUCAUUUGGGUUAUCGCUACCGACAUAAGGAAGGAAGCUGGAAGGAAGUCACUCUCUUUUCAAAGCCCCAGCGACAUGUUGGUCACUUCCAAGGCCGUCGGUCAAAGUGUCAUGAUGACCAGUGCUCACCACGUCAUCUGA